GUUGCAUCGUCCAGGAAUCACAAGAUUUGCCACAAACUUCCUCACAUUGCAGUCCAUGCUUAGGUCUAAGCCUGCCUUGAGACGUAUGAUUGUUGGUGAGGAGUGGUCUUCCUCAUCCUAUGCUACCACCCCUGCAGGAAUAGAGAUGGCAGACUGCAUUUUUGAUGAGCAAGGCUUUUGGGUCCCUUGUGAUGAGAUAGUGAAGUUUGUUAAGCCCUUGGUGGUUUUGUUGCGAGUUGCGGAUGGAGAUAAGCCUGCAAUGGGCUAUAUAUAUGAGGGCAUGGAUAGGGCGAAGGAGGCCAUCAAAUUCGUCUAUGGAGCAGAUGAGAGCAAGUAUGGUCCCAUUUGGGAGAUCAUUGAUAGGAGAUGGCAUCAUCAGCUACAUAGGCCCAUCCAUGCGGCAGCCUAUUAUCUGAAUCCGGCAUUCCGUUUUAUCCCUUCUUUCAAGGCUGAUGCGGAGGUCCUUAAUGGGCUAUAUGCAAUCAUGGAGAAGAUGGGACCUGCCGGUACUUCUCAGAUAGACCUUUUUCGAGAGCUACAGAUGUUCUCAGAUGCACAAGGGGAGACCUUCUCUCCUCCUGUCGCCAAACACGCUAGAACAACUAUGAUGCUAGAUCAUUGGUGGAACUUUUUUGGCCCAGAGACACCAAAUGUUCAGAAGUUGGCCAUUCGUAUCUUGAGCCAACCAUGCAGCGCAUCAGGUUGUGAGCGCAAUUGGAGUAUGUUUGAGCACAUACACUCCAAGAGGCGCAAUAGAUUAUCUGUGGAGAAGAUGAAUGAUCUCGUCUUUGUUCACUACAACCUCCGCCUGAGAAUGAGAAAGAAUGCAACAGUUGACAUGUCUCCUAUCAUUCUAGAUGAGGUUGAUCUUGAAGCAGAGUGGGCCAAUGAGAAUCAGACAGCUCCUGGGACUCCUACAACUGUAUUUAGUGAUGAUGACAUUGAUUGGAUCGACUAGGUAGAUA